AUGGAAUAAGCUAUUUGUUGUUGUAAUUUUUUAGAUCCCAGUUUAAAAUAUAUUCAUGAUACUACUAUAGGUAUUGAAUUUGUAUCUUAGGAAAUUAAAGUUUCGGAUUAAAAUAUAACUAUAUGUAUUAGUGAAACUCCAGGAAAAUUGUAAUCUAGAUUUUUGACUCACAUUUUCUAUAGAGUGUAUGAUGCAUUUCUUGUAUUUUUAUGA